ACUCUUUUUACGGCGGGACCAAGGUAAUCCAAGAUGGCGGUGCGCGCGCUGCGCUGCUUCUGGCGGACGCCGGUGCGCCGGAUAGCCUCCCCCGAAGCCCUAGCCUCUUGGACGCGCCGAGCAGCGACCUCCGGCUCUUCUUCUGAGUUCCGGAGCGAAUACAGCUUGGAUAAACUUUAUCCGCGGCAAACAAAGGGAACCGAGGAGACUAAGGAUGAAGCAAACCACACACUUCCUAACAUUCCUGUGGAUCGUUUAUCUAUAUCCUAUUGCCGAAGUAGUGGUCCAGGAGGUCAAAAUGUUAAUAAAGUGAACACUAAGGCAGAGGUACGAUUCCAUUUGGCAUCAGCAGACUGGAUUACAGAAGAUGUGCGGCAAAAAAUGGCAGUGAUGCAAAAGAAUAAAAUCACUAAGUUUGGGGAACUCAUAGUCUCUUCUGAAGUGAGUCGCUACCAGAUGAGGAAUUUGGCAAACUGCUUGCAAAAGAUCAGGGACAUGAUUGUGGAAGCCACAGCAACACCUGAAGUUCCAUCCGACGAGACUUCAGAGAUGAUAAUAGCAAGAGUGGAGAAAAUGAACCGUGAACGUCUUCGUCAGAAAAGAAAUCAUUCUUCUCUAAAGCAAAGCAGGCGUGUGGAUUUGGAUUGAACACACUAGGGAAAGCGUGUUGGGAUAGAUUCCCGGGACUCAUCUCUUUCUUCGGAGUGCAAAAAAAGAAUCAUUUUUAUGAGUUCUCUAUAUAGUAAAACCUGAUCCAGAUCA